AUGACUAAUUUUAUUGUGUUCGACCACAAGUAUAAGGAGAAGAAUGGUGUGAGUAGGAUGGUAUUGACAUUCUCCCAAAGAACUUUGGUCAAUCAUGUUAAGAAGCCAAUCUUUCCCCUUGAGGCUUUCUACCUUAAGUCUUAUGUAGAUCUUCUAACUGCUGACAAAUUACCAGAUUCUGAAAUGUUUAAUUUGAUCAGAAAGGUUGUUGGUAAGGAAGAUCCUAGGGACUUGAUCACUAGCAAAGGGAAGGAGACUAAGCGAUUGGUUAUCAUCCUUCAAGACCUCGAGAUCAAUUGCAUUUUGUUUGGUGAGUUGGUUGACCAUCUCCUACCGCACCUUGAAGAGGAGAGAGCUGAACCACUUAUUGUUGUGCUGCAAUAUUUUAAGGCAACAAGGUGGAAUGGGAAAACAUCGGUGCAAAGCAACUUUGAAAUCUCGAAGGUCCAUAUUAAUCCCGAAUUAACAGAAGUCAUCCAAUUCAAGAGCAAGUUAAGUAGUCCUGCCGCAUCAAAUCCGACCAGGAUCAGCCAGGUGUCAUCUCCUAAUGCUUGGUCUGCCUUAGAUGAGUUAAAACACAGAAGUGUGGCUAUCAAGACAAUAGAGGAAGCUCUCAAUUCCAUGGAGGAAGGUCCCAUAUGGAUAUUAGGGACGAUUGUAUCCAUCAAUGCGGGAAAGGAUGAUUGGUUUUACAAAUCUUGCAGAAGGUGCCCUAAAAAAGUUGAAACCCCCAUUGAAAACAGAUAUGAAUGUGGCAAGUGCGGACACACACACGGAACAGUGGCUCUUAGGUACAAAUUAGAGGGAGUUGGAGAAGAUGAUUACCCACAAUUGCUGGACAAUAUGAUGGAUAAACGAGUGCUAUUUAAACUAAAUGUGAAGUCUGGCAAUAUAAAGCAGUAUGAUCCAGUGUACACAGUGAUGAAAAUUUGUGACGAUGAGGAUAUUAUCAUGAAAAAUAUGCCAGAGAGCCUUCCCAAUAAAUUGGCUAUUAAUGAAGAUGACCAUGACUACAGCAACUUGGUUGACAUUUCAGGCAUUGUGGUCAAUCUUACGAGUAAUACUGAUACUCAUCUUACUAUGAAUUUUACUGAGGAAAGUGUUUCCAGCCUCAAGUUCAAAACACCAGCUAAGAGAACUAUCAGCGGUGUAAAAAUUGGCAACAUCAAUAUUAACCUGAUUGAGGAGGAAGGACAAAACUCUACUAAUAGGCUUAGGAGCAAGGGGACGAAGAAGCUGAAAUCUCAGCUUAAUGAUUCUGAUGUUUAA